UUUUCCUUUCCUGCGGAGCAUCAAUUUUUUUUUAGGCUAUAAAUAAUUUUUCAGCUGUUAUAUGAACAAGCAGGCAGUUUCAAUAGACUCAAAUUCAAUAGAGUAAGUAAUAGAAAAUAGAAUUGAAAUGGUAGUGGAUAAGAAAGAUUCUGAGUUUGAUAUACUGAGAAGACCCAAUCCAAAAGGUUGGGUUCCACCAAAGGCUCCUUAUAAUCCAUAUGAUCCAACAGAUGCUAGACCUCCUGAAGGUUAUCCAUCAGAAUAUAAAGUACCAGGUGGACAACCAGAAGGAUUUUCAUCUAUACCUAAGAAUCCUACUCAAUAUAAAAAGGUAAAUGAAACUAUGAAAAGAUUAAAUUAUACUCCAAGACCAGCAUCUGAAUUAUAUCCUGGACAAUUUAAAGUAUUAAGAAAAGUUGAUACAAAUCAUAGAUUAAAUUUUGGAUCUCGUUGGUUUAGUACAUUUAUGGGAGGUAGUAUAGUUAUUUAUUUUGCAUUUUUUCAUAAAUGGAAUGAUGGUAAAGAAAAUGUUAUGUCUGAUUUUUAUCGUGCUAGAUUAAGACUUAAAGAAAGAUUUUCAACUUUAUCAGAAGAAGAAUAUGAUGAUUUAUAUCAUCCUAAACAAUCUUCAAUUGGUGUUAGAGGGGUUAGAGAUACUGAUUAUAUACCUGAAAAUCUUAGAAAAACUUCAGAAAAUGAAUUUGUAUUAAAUAGACCAUCUGAAAGACAUGUGCUUGAAGCUCAAAGAAUUCAACAAGAACAAGAAGAAAAAUUACUUCGAGAAAUGGAUAAACAUAAACAAUUUGCUAUGGAAUUAAUACGAAAUGGAGAUUAUGAUCCAAAUAUGGAUUCCCUACAAAAUCAAAAUCAAGACCAAUCUGGAAAGAGAAAGAAAUGGUUCGGAAUAUUCUAAUCAUAUUUCCGUCUAUACAUGUAUAUUAGCACUAUCCUGUAAAUAAAAGCUAUGGUGGUUAACUAACUUGAG